AUGGCUCCCUCUCCGACGAUCCGACGCCUCCUCAAAGAGACUGCCGAACUCUCCUCCCCUUCUUCCAAUCCCAAUCCCGCUUUCUUUGCGGGCCCUGUCUCCGAUUCCGACCUGCAUGAAUGGCAUUUCACCCUCCUGGGUCCUCCGUCGCCCUCCCCAUACGCCGGGGGAAUGUACCACGGCCGCAUCACACUACCCGCCACGUACCCGCUGAAACCGCCGAAUUUUAGAUUUCUGACGCCGUCGGGAAGGUUUGAAGUGAACCGCGAGAUCUGCCUGAGUAUAUCUGGGUUUCACGAAGAGACGUGGAUGCCUGCCUGGGGCGUACGGACUGCAUUGACAGCUCUCCGGACGUUCAUGGCGGAAAAGGGCUCAGCAGGCCAAGUCGGAGGGCUGGAAGCGCCUGCGGACGUGAGGAAGAGACUUGCGAAGGAGAGUCGGAGCUGGAGAUGUGAGGCAUGUAGGAAAACGAAUGAGAUCAUUAUGCGCGAGUGGUGGGAUGUUUGUCGGGAAGCCGGGGUCAACGUCUCGGCAGAAGAGGAUCUAGGAUUAGAGAGUCUGCCAGAGGGAAUGACGCUGGAGGCGAGGGAUCCGAAUGCACAGGCUAAUGCUUCGUCGCAUGCGACGGCCGCCACGAGCAAAGGGAGCGAUGCUGGUGCACAGGAAGCGCCGGACGUGACGACAUCGGGACCACAAGAACGGCGGCAGCUAUCAUCUACAAAUCCAAAACCCAGUCCGUCUACUCCAUCGGCAUCAGUACCGCCAUCUCAGCAACCUCAACCUUCCUCAUCAUCGCACUCAUCACGAUCGAACUCGUCCAACCUCCAGGCGCAGAGAUGCAUUCCCAUGAUCCCUACUCCUUCAGCAGAAGCCGCCCAAGCCUCCGCCGAGGCGAUCCUUACGCCCGGCGACUUUGUUCAGCCGCCGAAUGGCUCUACGACAUCCAACACAGCCUCUGCUACCGCAACCCAUCGACGACCAUUUUUCUCAGGCCUGCACAACCCCCCGCUAGCCGCCGCAAAUGCAGCGAUUGCGCAGAGCGCUCAGCCUUUGACUCUCCAGCGUGACCGAGGAAGGGAUAGAGAGCCGACAAUCACGAUCGACCGGGCGAUCGCGGGCGUCUUUCUCGCACUGUGUCUGAUGGUACUGAAAAAGAUCUUCUACCCGGCUGGGGGACCCGGGGCCCGGUAUAAUGGCGUGGACGAAUUUUACCUCCAGCGAGAGUAA